UACAAGCUGCAUUUAUGUUGUAAGAUAUCAACGAGUUUCCUGAGUUAAUUCCGUUUUUCCGUUGUUUUUCGGCAAUAACCAAUUUUCCGCCAGUUGUAUUUGAUUUUUCAGUUUUCAGAUUUGUAGUGGUAUUUGGGUCGAGCAGAUGUGUUGCGUUAAAAGUUUUACGGGUAGUGUUAUAUCUGAAGAUGGAUGUGUAUAUGUUGAUAACUAUUUUCGUUCUAGGCAUUGACAAUACGGCAAGUUUGGAACUGGAUGUGCAGCAAGAAACAGGUAAUUGCAACUGUUCAUGGAAAAUACGUAAUAUCCACCAUAAAAAAGGCAAUGAAUACUUUGUUGUUAGUUCUAAAGAAAAACCAGAAUCUGGUAAACACAUACAAGAAAUUAAAUAUGAAUCACAUUCAAAUGGAGAAAUAUUUGAAAUAACCAAAGGACAUUAUACCGAAAAAGAAUUUGUGGUUAUCAUUGAUAAUUUGGUAGAUAAUGAAGAGUAUACGCUAUCUGUGAAUUACAGAAAUGAUGACGGUUGCCCGAACUGUACUACCAGUUUAAAAUUUAAAACACCAGAAAGGCUAAGGAGAAAUAUUCCUGUCUUUGUGGGAAUAGUAGCUUCUGUAUCAUUAAUCAUCAUCGCAAUGUGUUUUUACAACAUUCGUUCAAAAUGUAUAUAUAGGUAUAUACAAGAAAUAAAAAGACUCCCCCUUCUAAGGAGUUGCGGAGUUACAGCGCCGGAAGUAAAUGUUUGUUCUUCUUCAAGAAGGUGUACAAUAAAUUCAAUAUACUUGUCGAUAGAACAUCAAAAAUUGGGGAGCGUCAAUACUGUGUAAGAAAAAUCAAAGAGGCAGUCUGAGAAACAAGAUGCAGAUAAUCAUAUACGGAAUGUAUACUAUUAAAAUUAGUUUGAAGUAUUUGGUAAGAUAAGAUACGCAUUCAUGUAAAAAAUAUAGAAAGUAGGAGAGCUAUUAAAAUAUUACGAUAUUAAUUUAAUUUAACAUUGUAAAAAUUUUCAUACAGCUCAGUUAUUUUGAUACUGAAGUAAUCCGUGUAUUACAAUAAAAUCUUUGUAAAUGCUUUCAACACAAUAGCCUUACAAUGCUACGUAUCGGUGACGAUUAACAUGGCGAUUCUUACUUUACUGGCAGUUAUUUGGAGUAGUCCAGUUAUAGACGUGUUGAACUAUUUUCUCACGUUUCGAGUUAAAUGAAUUCUUCUUCUCCCUGGUCCACUUUUUCCAUAAAUCUUAACUUGAAGAAUAAGUUGCAAAAAUCAAUAGAUAUCUCUACUGAUUUCUCAUAAUAUGGCUCAGAUAUUGUAAUUUCCACUCUAAUUAUAUUAGGUUUGUUCUAGCAUCAGUUUCAAACGGUUUGAAACCAUCAGCGAAUAGUGGAGCAGCGCGAGUAGAGGGGAUAGCACUGGUGACUGUAUUAUGUUCUCUCACUGACCAACUGUUUGCUGACGGUUUCUGACUAGUUUGACUGUUUGCUAGAACAAACCUACUAAUCAUCUCGCAUUCCUUCUCCAUUCUACGUCCAAUCUCUAUCACCCUACUACUUAGUACCUAUGUACUUUACUCAACAUUAGGUAGUCACCCGGUUUAUGCAUGAAAUUCUAAAGAUGCGCCGGUAACACCACAUCUCGAAGACUUAGUAACUUUUUUAAACAGACUUCAGGAGCAGGAGGCAUCCAAGUUUCUAAUGCCCGGUUGCACCAACAGAUCUUAAGCUUAAGUCGAGAAUAUCAUAAGAAUUAAUAUAAUAUAACUAUAAUAUAUUACAAUAAGAAUACCAUAAUAUAAUAAUAGAUAUAAUUGAUAAUAAGGUAAGAAUCUAAAAUUAUGGUGCAACGUAAGGGAUACUCAAGGAGGCCCUAUCUAUAAGUAGAGCUUAGCUAAGCUGGAGCUUAAGAUCUGUUGUGCAACCAGGCAUAAAUUAGACAAUAUUUCCUACCCUUUUAAGUUUUGCUGAUAAAAUCCUUGUAUGUAUGGUACUGCCUCGGGAAACUACUGUUUUCUUCCAAACAUAUUAGGUCUGGAUCCCGCGUAUGAAAAAAAAGUUGAUUAAUAGCAAGCUGAAAAUUUGUUAAUAGCUUAAGGGUGUCUAGUCGGAUAAACUUUGAUAUAUGAGAACACUGGAACAGGGGCAGUUUUAAUUGUGGAACAGGUUAAAAAUUUGGAACGGUCACACCACGAAAACGGCACAUUUAUUUUGUCCGACAGAACAGACUUAAACUCUCCGAACAGAGAUUAAACUCUCAUGCAAAAAUCAGACUGCUAUUUAUCACCUGUCAUAAUUCCUGUCAUUUGACAUAUUCUACAUGUUCCACUCAUUAAAACGCCCAUUUGGUGAUAAAUAGCAGUCUGAUUUUUGCAUGAGAGUUUAAUCUCUGUUCGAAGAGGUUAAGUCUGUUCUGUCGGACAAAAUACAUGUGCCGUUUUCGUGGUCUGACCGUUGCAAAUUUUUAACCUGUUCCACAAUUAAAACUGCCCCUGUUCCAGUGUUCCCAUAUAUCAAAGUUUGUUCGACUAGACACCCUUAAGCUAUUAACAAAUUUUCAGCUUGCUAUUAAUCAACUUUUUUUUCAUACGCGGGAUCCAGACCUAUAUACUCCAUCUAAUUUACUUACCGUUACACGUCAUCCGCGUCAUAGCCCGAGACGCCACAUGAUACCAACACGAAAUAUUUAGGCGGUAGGUGUGUUCUUUUUUAGAAUCACUUUGCCGAGUACACUGGCGUUACAGCCACUAGGCAUAUUUUAUUAUAUACGCGUAGAAAUAAUACUUAAAGAUUUCUAUUAAUGUUAACUUAAAGAAAUACACAAUAAUAUGUUUCAUUUAAUUUGUACAAAUGGACUAUAAAGCGUUUUUAUGAAGCACAUUUGUUCGGAAUACACUGUAACUAUAAUCGAACGAAGGUGAUAUUUUGGCAUAAAUUGGUAACAUUUAUUUGACAGUUGCGGUGAUGACACUUUAUAUUUGUUUAUAUUCUUUACUAUAAGUAUUUGUUUCAUUAUAUUUACUGGUUUUAUUAUGUACUUUAACGUAAGAUUAUAACUUAAUUCUUGUUUUCUAUUUCUAAAGUUUUUAUUUAUUUACAUUGAAUAUUAAUUUGUUUUGCUGUAUAAACCACUUCCGCAAAAAUUGUGUGAUGUAUUUGAUUUUGCCGAUAUCGAUAUCGGCAAAUUGUUAUGGAAGCUACCCACGCCUAAAAAUUUGGGCACGGUACUUAAAGAAGAAGAAGUAUUUGAUUUAAAGAAUUCAAGAAUUUGUUGUAAUUAGGCAACAAUGUCAACUUAGAUCUCUAACGUAAAUAAUGACGUGCAACGGUAAGUAAAUUAGAGCCAGAGUUUAGUGUGACGAGGUUUUGUAGGUAUAUAAAAGUUGUAGGUCCAGAGCUGCAUUAAAUAAAAAACUUUUGAGGUAGCAGUGAUGUCUGACUGUGAUUUGGAAUAAAACUGGUAUGCAACAGUAUGGAAUAAAACAAGCAACGAAUAUAUUAUCAUCGCGCCUAUAUUCGCUGGUACAAAUGUAAGAUGUACUUACCUUCGACUGUUUCGAACUCUGCAAACUGUAGAAAUUAGAUAUCUAUUAUUUCUACUUGCCAAAAAAAUUAAAGUGAAGCUUGUAUUUGUAUUUUUUUCAAAGAGAUGGGUAUAAAUAUUAAUUUUUUGUACAUGCACAAGCACAUAUCUCAAAUCUCACAGUAAUGUUUGUAUAGCCGUUUUAUUCUAAGACCUCAAUUAAUUCGUGCUUAAUGAAUUAUUAUUUCUGAUCAACAUUAAAUAAUGAUGGCAACGUCAUCAUAUUACACUAAGCAUCAAAAUUAACGCACCACCUUAAAAAUGGUACAUUUUUGAUAACUCAUAUUUCCUAAACCUGUUGUCCGAUUUGAGUGAUUUUUUAGUAUGAUAUAGCUUUGUUCCUCAAGAAUAUCGCCGUAAUAAUAUUAUUGCUAAAGAGGUAAGUGUCAUUGUAUACCGGGUGUAACAAUGAUAGUACGUUUUUUCCUCAAAGUUUGGAACACCCUGUGGAAAAUUCUAGCGUAUAUAAAAUAUUGAAAUUAAAACUUAACUGUAGUCUUAGGCUUUCUUAACAUUUUGCUUUUUGAUUCAUUUGCUUAGCUGGGAUAAUAAAAAAGUUAGGUACUUUAACAACUAGCAAUGUUAUUUAUCAAUACAGUUUUUCUAAAUAAGUGCGACAAACUUAUACGGAGAUAUGCGGUAUGCGAUAUAAGAUGUGCGGAUAUAUGCCCGCAAAUGCUUUGUUUCCGAGAUACGGGAUGUUGAAUUUUUUCUUACAAACUGACGAUUUAUUUAUUGCUCUAAAACCGGUUAAGAUAUGCAAAUGAAAUUUGGUAGUUUUUAAGAGGCAGUUAUUGCGCAUUUUUGACAUACAAUUAGGAAUUUUAUAUUCACCAUUGGCGUGCAUACGGGAUGUAUCUAAAAUGUUUAUACCCGUAUACACGCCAAUGGUUAAUAUCAAACUCUUAAUUGUAUGUUAAAAAAUGCGAAAUAACCACCUCUUAAAACCUACCAAAUUUCAUAUGCAUAUCUCAACCAGUUUUAGAACAAUAAAUAAAUCGUCAGUUUGUAAGAAAAUAUUCAACAUUCUGUAUGUCGGAAACAAAGCAUUUGCGGACAUAUGUUUUUAAAGCAAACGGCCAUUAUUUUUUCAUGCAGAAUUACCCCUUAAAGUUUGUCGCACUUAUUUAGAAACACUCUGUAUUGAUGAAUAACAUUACUAGUUGUUAAAGUACCUAACUCUUUAUUAUCCAACAUAAGCGAAUGAGUCAAAAAGAAAAAUGUUAAGAAAGCCUAAGGCUACAGUUUAGUUUUAAUUUCAAUAUUUUAUAUACGCUAGAAUUUUCCACAGGGUGUUCCAAACUUUGAGGAAAAAACACACCAUCAUUGUUACACCCGGUAUACAAUGACACUUACCUCUUUAGUAAUAAUAUUAUUACAUCGAUAUUCCUGAAAAACAAAGCUAUAAUAUACUAAAAAAUCACUCAAAUCGGACAACAGGUUUAGGAAAUACGAGACAUCCAAAAUGUUCCAUUUUUAAGGUGGUGCGUUAAUUUUGGUGCUUAGUGUAUUUAUGCGUACACCUUUUUCUUGUUCAGAGUAAAGGCCAAAACACAUUAGAUUAGAAAGUCGCGGACACGGCUCGUCGCGAACAAGAUAGUCACAGUGUCGUAAUUAAUUAUUUGCACUUGGCAGUCGCGGACUCGUCGCAGUCUACGUAGAAGUUCACAGUUUUUCGAUAACCACAGUGUAGUUUUGGUAGGAUUUGGAAGAAUUGUUUCUCUUGGCGGCUAUAUUAGAACGAUAAGAAAGAAAAAUUAAAAACCCCAAGAGAAAAUACUGGGUUCAUCCAAUCAAUCUCUUCCGGCCAUUCGAAGGCGAAUUUUACACUUACUCGACAGAUUAUGGCGAAAUACGUUUUAGGGUAAGAACAGAACAAGUGGGUCUCGGUUAGUGUUGCCAGGUCCGAUUUGUUUUUAAUCGGUACAUAAGCAAAAACAAAUCGGGAUUUAGGGUUGUAGAUCGGGACAAAUAAACAACAAUAGCCCAGUAAAUGACCGUUUUGGAGUGUAAUUUUCAGAGUCAAUUCCGAAUUGCAUGAAAAUGUGGUUUUAGGUUGUGGUUGCUUUUACUUGGGGGGUGACAGAUACAGUUACCCCUUCUCGGGGGUAACAAAAUGCGCGUUUAGAGUAAUUCCCAAAAUAGAUCAACUGACUAAUUCUAAGAAACUUUUGUUCUAUAUAAUUUUUAAACUAAGUCAGUAACUUUCGAGUAAUUUUAUCGAAAAAAUAUUCGUAGAAAAAUGUAGCUUUUAAAAACGCAAAAAAAUUGUAUGUUCAGAAAAUCUUAAAACCAGUAAAAGCAAAGUUGUAGCUCAUCAAAAAUACGGUCUUAUUCGUCAAAUUCCUCCAAAUCGAAUUUGAAAAAACCAAAAAAUUAAGCAAUUUUCGGACAAAACCUAUUAUAAUUUUUUAAAGUGUUUAAAAAAAUCUAUAAUUUUGGUUUAUAUAAAAGUCUCCAGCAUUAAAACUAAGCGAGUUACGCUCAAAAUAAACUUGGCCCCUUUUUUUGAUAAAAAAAAUCGUGAAAAUCUCCCCCUAUUUAGCACCGUAAAUAAAAUUAAUCGUUACCGCUUUACCAUUUACUUUAUAUGGGUAUUGUUUAUACGAUCUGAAAGGUUUACCAGUUGGGAGUGAUUAGUUUUGAAAAAAAAAACGGUUUUAUAAUUAAAAAAGUUUUCCUAAAGUAUUGGAAAAUGCCCUUUUUUCAAAAUUACUUAAAAAGUAUUAGGGAUAUUAAAAAUCUCAAGGAGUAAAAAGUAGGUAGUUUUUGCUUUAUAAACAUGAUAGAUUCAUUUUGUUUUUCUGUAAGACAAAAAUUGGCUAAAAUAUGGCUGUUCAUAUUUUGCAUACACUCGUGAUUAGUGACUCGUUCAGGCCCUUUCAACCAUGUUAAAAAUACAUAAGUAAAGUAAAUUGUUUGUAAAGCGGUAACGAUGAAUUUAAUUUAGGGUGCUAAGUAGAGGGAGAUUUUAACGAUUUUUUUACCAAAAAAAAGGAGUCAACUUGAUUUUGAGCAUAACUCGCUUAGUUUUGAUGCUAGAAACUUUUUUAAAACAUAAAAAUAAAGCUUUAUUAAAAAAGUUUUAAUUGGGCUUCCCCGAAAAGUGCUUAAUUUCUUGGUUAUUUCACGUUGAAAUAUUUGAUUUGGAAUUUGACGAAUAAAAACGUAUUUUUCAUAAGCUACAACUUUGCUUUUGCUGGGUCUAUAGACUUUACGAGUUAACAAUUUUUUUCAUUUUUUCAUAUUAUGCUACAUUUUUGCUAAGAAUAUUUUUUUCGAUCAAAUACUUUUUGAGUUAUUUUGAAAAUCGCUUGAAAACGUGAUUUGUAUAUCGAAGAAUAAACAUUUUCAAUCGUAAAUAACUCGAAAAGUAUUAACUAAGUUAAAAUUCUAUAGAACUAACUAAAAUUGCUUAGAAUUAGUCAAUUUAUCCAUCUCCGGACUUAUUUUAAACGAGCGAUUUUUCACCCCCAACAUGGGUGACUGUCACCCCCCGAGUAAAAGCAACCUACGGCACAAGCCGUCCAAAUUUUCAUGUAAUUCGGAGUUGAUCCUGAAAAUUACACAGUAUCGCCGUAUUUUCCGUUCAUUUCCUGGACUACAAGGUGUUUCUAUAAUCUGUAUUUUUAAUCCUACAUAAUAAUAAUAAUAAUCAGACGAAAUUAAGAAAAAAAUUCAUAAAUUAAGUAAAUUAUUAUUUUUUAUUAAAAUUAUAUUUUUCAUUCGAUUUUGCCGCUUUUAGGAGUGCCUCGUUUUUAUAACAUAGUUAUAAAAUUCACCGCAAGUCCUCCUGAAAUAGGUUUUCGUGGGUGAAAAUCGGGACAUUUAGUGUCCCGAUCAGGUACAAAUCGGUACGCGUCCCCAGACCCCUGAAAAUCGGGACGUCCCGCGCAUAUCGGGACACCUGGUAACGCUAAGUCUCGGUGGAGGUGGAAGUGGAGGUCGCGGUCGAUGUCGAUAUCCAUGUAAAACAAACACAUUGUAGUGAAUGGAAGAGAACAGAGCAGCAAGGUCGCGGUGGAGGUUUAGCGCGAUGCCAUCCAGGAGGUUUACAUCGAUGCUUUUGAAAACAAAAUGAGUUUGUUUUACAUGGAUGUCCUACAAGGAUGCUUCCCUAUGAUUGGUCCGUUCGAAGCCAAGUUGUCAUUACCUGCACUAUCUGAGUUGAUACUUUUUAUAUAAUCCCUUUUUUGUAUUCAGUUUAUUUUUGAAUUUCUAAAGUAAUUAAAUUCAGUAAAUUUUUGAAAUAUGAAGGAGAAGAUUAUUUAUAGCUGACAUUUCAUCACUAUCAUCACUUGACUGACACAACAUCGCAAAAGCACAGUCUUUUUGUCAUUCAAAUUUCAUUAAACUACUUCACUUGAUAGCGGUUCUAGCUCGACUGACAGCGCAGGUGACCUCCUUGCUAUGUGCUGUCGACAUCCACUGCGACUUAACUAGUAGCAUCCACCGCGACCUACACAUCCACCUUGACCCACUUGUUCUGUUCUUACCCUUAAACAGUAAUUUCGAAUGUCAGUUGAAAAAUUUAGUCAGCUGAAAAAGCUGUUAUUAGAAGAAGGAAUUCAUGACCCAGUCACGACCGAGACUUCUCUCGAAAUGGAGAUUCUCAUCAAAGAUUUAUCGAGUUCUCGACGGGACUGCGCCUCGUCCGCGACUUCCAAAUGCGUCCAUGAAGAUUAAACAACAUACAAAGAAGCAACCUUAUAAAGAAAACAGGCUAGCUGGACUAGUCUGCGACUAGGCGAGUCGCUUCAUCAAUCAGCCAAUCGCGUUCACUGCUGGACAUAGGCCUCCCUCAGUUUUUUCCAGUGUUCUCUACACUGGGCCGCUUGUUAGCCCAGUCGGGAUAGCAUUUGACCUUGCAUUACGAGCUGCCCCAAAUUUUAUUUUUCUAAUCUUUAGGGGGGGGGUCAAUAGUAGUAUAAAUUUAAAAUCUCGACUAAAUUUGACUGUUGCGUUAGCCGCCAUCUUGAUUUUAAACGAGAACCGUUUUUGCUCAAUAUCUCCGCCAUUUUCAAAUUUUCGGCAAAAAGUGUAAAAACUGAAAUUGUUGAAAAUGCGAUUUUCUAUAAUUUCGUUUAGUAUAAUUUUUUUCGUGCGGUCGUUAUUUUCCGAGUUAUGGGGAAUAAAUAGUGACAGUUAGAACAUAAUUAUUGAUUUAUUGAAUUACCUCGUUUAUUAUUAGUUUUACAACAAAUUUGAGUCUAUACAAAAAUGAAGAGUAUUAAAUUUUGUACAAUUUUGAUCUCUUUCAUUUUCUUGAUAAAUCAAUAUUUAAAGUAGUAGGUACGUAUGCGGUAAAGCCGCGAGCGUAAGACCUGAUUGAUUUUAUAGCAAUUGUUUUUGUUCAAUAUCUCCGCCAUUUUCAACUUUUCGACAAAAGUCUAAGGACUGAAAUUGUUGCAAUUACGAUUUACUACAAUUUUUCGAGAGAACCAGUGGAGGGUCUACGAGGGGGAGGGGGAAAUGGAAAAAUUUCCCCCAACAGCGUCCACAAUUUCAAAAAAACUGUCGAAUUAAAAUAUAUUAACUGACAUGAAACUUAAUUAUCGACAGACAAAUUCAAUUAAUAAAACCCGUUAGUUAAUAAAAUUAAGUGAAUGCACAUAAGUUAUUUUUUAUAUCUUUUAUGCACUUAGAGUGGUUGGUGUUUCAUUGGAAGUUUCAAAAAUUUUAUAAAAUAUAAUUCUCUUUAUUUUUGUUUAUGUACAAUUAUGUCGUUAAGUUAAUAAUAAAUGAGACAAUUCAAUAAUUAUGCUUCCCCUCUGCUUCCAAUAUUUUCCCCCUUAACUCGGAGAAUAUUAAUCGCAUAAAAAAAUUGUUGAAAAGAAAUUGUAGGAAAUUGCGUUUUCAACCAUUUUAGUCCCUACCGUUUUUGUCGAAAAGUUGAAAAUGGUGGAGAUAUUAAUAAGCAACAACGGUUCUCCUUUAAAAUCAAUAUGGCGGCUAAUGCAACCGCGGAAUUCAGUCGAGAUUUUAAAUUUACACUAUUAUUGAUCUCCCCUAAAGGACAGAAUUAUAAAAUUUGGGGCAGCUCGGAAACAAGAUUCAAUUCAGUAAUUAUGCUCCCCCCACCUCUUUUUACUAUUUUCCCACAUAACUCGGAAAAUAUCAACUGCAUGAAAAAAGUUGUUAAAAAGAAAUUUUAGGAAAUCAUAUUUGGAACAAUUUUAGUUAAAAAUGGUGUAGAUAUUGAACAAAAACAAUUGCUACAAAAUCAAUCAGGUCUUACGCUCGCGCCACUAUCGCAUACGUACUACCUUAAAUAUUAACUUAAGCAAAAAAAUAAAAGAGAUUAAAAUUGUGUAGAAUUUAAUUCUCUCAAUUUUUGUAUAAGAACAUUUUUGUCGUAAAACUAAUAAUAAACGAGAUAAUUCAAUAAUUAUGCUCUAACUGUCACUAUUUUCCGCCAUAACUCGGAAAAUAUCGACGGCACGAAAAAAUUGUAACAAUAGAAAUAAUAGAAAAUCACAUUUUCAACAAUUUUUGUUGUUAUACUUUUUGUCGAAAAGUUAAAAAUGGCGGAGAUAUUCAGCAAAAACGGUUCUGGUUUAAAAUCAAGAUGGCGGCUAACGCAACUGCGGAAUUCAGUCGAGAUUUCAAAUUUACACUACUAUUGACUCGCCCUAAAUAUUAGAAAAAUAAAAUUUGGGGCAGCUCCUAAUGCAAGGUUAGGCCUGUUAUUCGUCUAACCCGACUGGACUAUGUAGCCAGUUUCCCGCUACUGUUUUAAUGUCGCCGGUCCAUCUAGUCGGUGGUCGUCCUCAGCUUCUUUUAUAGUUUCUGGGUCUCCAUUCCAUGAUUCGUCGUGACCACUGUCCAUCUUGUGUUCUAGCUAAGUGCCCUGCCCAGUUCCACUUAAGCGUCGUAGCUCUUUCGAUGACGUUUAAGAUGUCUUGAACUCCUGAUCUUUGCCUGAUUUGUUGGUUUGUUAUGCGGUCGUUGUGUAACUGUAACUAAUGAUUAUGUAUUCCAUGGCUCGUUGUGUAACUCUGAGUUUAUUUGCGGAUUUUCGCGUCAGUGUUAAAGUCUCUGCUUUUUAAGGUUUGCGCCUUAAAUAUUCUUUAGUAUUCCGUUUUCUCUCGUGUCAGUGUUUUUAGUUCUGAGUAAUUGCAUCAAAUGUCAUUGAUACCUUUACAGUAUAAGCAUUAAAUGUUAUAAAUUUAAGAAUAUUUCCACUUAGCAUUUACAAUGAGCUUUAUUCUCAUACAUGGAUACUCACCAACACAAUGACGUCAACUUUGCAAAGGAACACUUACUCAACACACACACUACACAUUACUCCCCUGAGUUAGUAAUAAGUAAAGGGCGGAUUAUAUGUAUGAAAAUAUGUACAUACAUAUGUAAAGAUUUUUUAAAAUAUAUGUAAGCAUUAGUCGAAAAUAUGUAAUAAAUAAAUUAAAGCAAUAAUUAUAUAAAAUGAGUUAAAACAAAUAACAUUAAUACUCAGCAACUUUAUCUUUACAUAUAUGUUCUAGGGUAAAGGUUUAUCUUUUAUCAGAAAACAUGUUGAUUGAACAGAAUUGAACUCUUUUGUCAGAAUUCUUUUGUCAGAAUUGAACUCGCAAAGGAGCCUUAAGGAACACCUUCUUUACAUUGCUAAUUAAUUCGUUCACAAGAGGAAAUUGGGCUCUGAUAAUCUGUGCAACUCAUGUUAACUCCAUGAGCUAAACAAGUAAUAUGAAAAAUAUUCUGAUAAAAUAUUUUUAAAUUUUGCCCCACCUUAACCAUAAUGGGGCAGCAUCCGAUAAGAAAAUCACAAAUUUAUUUAAUGGAAUGGCAUCGGGAAAAAAGAAGUUUGUCAAAGUGUCUUGAAUGCAUCGUGUAGCGGUCAAAUUGUUGGCUUUUUCAAGUUGUUUUGAAGAUAUUAAAAAUGAGUUUCCUGAACCAUGUUCCUCUAGUGCGCCAAUUAGCAGAUGAAUAAUAUAUCUUCUGCAGGCGUCUGUAGUUUUGUCCAAAAUAACAUAAAAGUAAUUAUCACGUGUGACUCCCCGUAUUUGGAUCAUUAUUGAUUUAUAUUUAGAGUCGAUACUUGAUUUCCUCAACGUGGAUUCAUCCGGGACAUUAAACUUGCAAUAUUUUCCAAAAACGAUCUUGGGCGUUAUUAAAUUUUUUUAAUGGAAUGUUAGAAGCAACCAUUGCCUUGCACAGAUCUUCAGCGUUUGUCAUCGGAUCGGCCACGAUUCGUUUCGGGAGCUGUAAGUCUAUUCAAAUUAUAAAUGAAAAAUAAAUAAUAGUCCAUUUUAUGGUUAAUGCCAGGCCCCACAUCCAAGUCGGUCAACUCAAUUUGCGGAAAUUAAGAAUUGUUAAGAGGUCAGGUAAAUCAUCAUCAUUCUCUUUGCCUUAUCCCUAUGCGGGGUCGGCUUCCCUAAUUGCAUUUCUCCACACAAUUCUAUCUUGGGUCAUAUCAAUGUUAAUCCCCUUUACCAACAUGUCCUGCCUUAUCGUCCCCCUCAGGUCUUCUUUGGUCUUCCUCUCCUACUUCUUCCAGGAAUCUGCACUUCAAGUCAAGUAAAUAGUACAUAGAAAUAAACGGACAGGCCCUGCAUAAUUACAUCUUAAUGGUUUUCGGGUUUUUCAUUGCAGAGUAAAGUGACGAAAAUAUGUAAAUAUGUACAUGUAUUUAUCACUAAAAUAUGCACUUUUUUCAAAAAUUCUAUAAAUAUGUAAUAUAUGUAAAAAUAUGUAACUUACAUAUAAUCCGCGCCCUAGUGAUAAGUUAUAGUCUAAAAAAUCAUUAUGAAAUUGACUGGCCAUUUGGUUGUGAAAACCAGUGCCAAUAAAACACAAAUCACACACAUUUUCCUACAUGUAAAAAAUAUAUUGAAAAUAAAAAAAUAAUUUUCUACAUAAUUCAUAAACAGAGAUGAAAUAUUUUUCCUAUAAUAUAAAUGUUAUUAUAUUAGAAUAGAUCUUAUUUACUGAAUAUUUUUAAAUAAUA